AUGGUGCACAAGUACCAGUCUCCUGUUCGCAUCUACAAAUAUCCAUUUGAGCUGGUCAUGGCGGCCUACGAGAAGCGCUUCCCCACGUGCCCGCAGAUCCCGGUCUUCCUGGGCAGCGAGGUCCUGCGCGAGUCCCGGAGCCCCGACGGGGCGCUGCACGUGGUGGAGCGCAGCUGCCGGCUGCGGGUGGACGCCCCGCGGCUGCUGCGGAAGAUCGCGGGCGUGGAGCACGUGGUCUUCGUGCAGAGAAACGUCCUGAACUGGAAGGAGAGGACGCUCCUCAUCGAAGCGCACAACGAGACCUUCGCCAGCCGCGUGGCGGUCAAGGAGACCUGCAGCUACACCGUCCACCCUGAGAACGAAGACUGGACAUGCUUUGAGCAGUCCGCCUCGCUGGACAUCCGGUCUUUCUUUGGCUUUGAAAAUGCCUUGGAGAAGAUUGCCAUGAAGCAGUACACCGCCAGCGUCAAGCGGGGGAAAGAGGUGAUUGAGCAUUACCUGAACGAGCUCAUCUCCCAGGGCAUCUCUCACAUUCCUCGCUGGACACCUGCCCCGGUCUGUGAGGAUGAUGUCAGCAGCCAGGGUGGGCUGCGGGACCCUGACUCCCUGGAGGCCGACAGGCCCAACAGUGAUCCAGCCUCUGCUCUGGAGACGGUCAGUACAGACGGAGACAAGCUGGAUGUGGACUACAUUGAGAGGUGCCUGGGCCAUCUCACACCCAUGCAGGAGAGCUGCCUCAUCCAGCUUCAGCACUGGUUACUGGAGAACCACAGAGGCAAGAUUCCCAAAGAUGAGCACAUCCUUCGGUUCCUGCGGGCUUGUGACUUCCACCUGGACAAGGCCCGGGAAAUGCUGUGCCAGUCCUUGAGCUGGCGGAAGCAGUACCAGGUGGAUCUCCUCCUUCAGACCUGGCAACCCCCUGCCGUCUUGGAGGAGUUCUAUGCAGGGGGCUGGCAUUACCAGGACAUAGACGGCCGCCCCCUCUACAUCCUUCGCUUGGGCCAGAUGGACACCAAAGGCUUGAUGAAGGCCGUGGGGGAGGAGGCACUGCUGCGGCAUGUUCUUUCCGUCAACGAGGAAGGACAGAAGCGAUGUGAAGGGAACACAAAACAGUUUGGCCGUCCUAUCAGCUCCUGGACCUGCCUGCUGGACCUGGAGGGUCUCAACAUGCGGCACCUGUGGCGACCGGGGGUGAAGGCCCUGCUGCGCAUGAUUGAGGUGGUCGAGGACAAUUACCCCGAGACCCUGGGCCGGCUGCUCAUCGUGCGAGCCCCCCGUGUCUUCCCUGUGCUCUGGACACUGAUCAGCCCCUUUAUCAACGAGAACACCCGGCGGAAGUUCCUUGUCUGUGGCGGCAACAGUUACCAGGGCCCCGGAAGCCUCGUCGACUACCUGGAUGAGGAAGUGAUCCCUGACUUCCUCGGGGGACAGAGCGUGUGUAAUGUCCCCGAAGGAGGGCUGGUCCCCAAGUCGCUUUAUCUGGCGGAAGAGGAGCAGGAGCAUGCGGACCAGCUGCGGCUGUGGAGUGAGACCUACCACUCGGCCAGCGUGCUCCGCGGGGCCCCCCAUGAGGUGACGGUGGAGAUUCUGGAAGGGGACUCAGUCAUCACGUGGGACUUCGACAUCCUGCGAGGAGACGUGGUGUUCAGCCUGUACCACACCAAGCAGGUGCCCAGACCAGGCCCCCGGCAACCUGGGGCCAGGGCUGGUGGGCAGCUGAUCGACAGCGCCUGGGUCCUGGGCAGGGACUACAGCCGUGUGGAGGCUCCCCUCAUCUGCCGGGAAGGGGAGAGCAUCCAGGGCUCCCAUGUGACCCGGUGGCCUGGGGUCUACAUACUCCAGUGGCAGAUGCAUGGUCCCCCUGGCAAUGUGUCCUGCAGCCUCCCAGGCGUGGAGGAUGUCCUGACAGCUCUGCAUAGCCCUGGCCCCAAGUGCAAACUCCUCUACUACUAUGAGGUGCUGGCGUCCGAGGACUUCAGGGGUUCCAUGUCCAGCCUGGAAUCCUGUACCAGCGGCUUCUCCCAGCUCAGCGCUGCCACCUACUCUUCCUCUGGCCAGUCCCAUAGCAGUUCCCUGGUCUCCAGAUAG